AUGCACGACCCCGUGCAAAAAGCCAAGAAGAGAAAAGGAGGCAUGCGGUCAUGUGAAGACCCAGGCAACAGCACAAUCGCAAACGGCAACAUUACCACCCCCGACGGGCACACCGCCAGCUUGUGCCCAGAUAGUGAUCUCGUCUUUGCUUCUUCCACCUUCACCUACACUGCUAGUCUUGAUAACGAGCUGGUCAUCAAAGGGUUUGAACUGCGUCCGGGUGCCGUCCUCGAGCUAACUUCUUCGGGAGCAAUCAAUCUGGUCGCCAGUGAUUUGGCCUGUCCGCGUUUUGCUCAAGGCGUGUCCGUUACCUUCUUAAACCUCGGCAAGAUCCUCAUUGAAUGGGUUCCCACGGGUAACUUCAGCGUUCAGCAUGGCAGCGUCAUGCACGAUGGUCACAAAGUUGCCACGGGUAGCUUUCCACCUGAUGUCACCGCUUGGGUGGUCGAUCUUGAGCCAGAAGCCUGGCAUGUCACGGUCAACAUCACGCUGGUUGCAUUGGACGAGAGUGCGGACGAUGCAAUCAGCUCGACCACUGCUUUUGCUGUUGAGCAACCAUGUGAGGUAGCGCAGCGCUGCACAACGACUACCCAGGCCUCGACCCCGGCCUCGACCCCGGCCUCGACCCCGGCCUCGACCCCGGCCUCGACCCCGGCCUCGACCCCGGCCUCGACCCCGGCCUCGACCCCGGCCUCGACCCCGGCCUCGACCCCGGCCUCGACUCCGGCCUCGACUCAGGCCUCGACUUCGGCCUCGACUCAGGCCUCGGCCUCUACAUCCAUUCCCCCUGCAUCACCCUCAUCAAAUCCCUCACAGAGCACUUCUGGAGGAAGUGCAGCAAGCGGCGGCACGAGCCCCACGUCUGCGACCACCACUCCUCAUCAGACCGGCUCGACGACGCCCGCUGGCCGAACGGAGAGCUCAACCAGUGGCGGUGGCGGUGGCUCCUACCUGGGUCUGAUUCUUGGUUGCAUUAUAGCAGCUCUGCUCAUCAUUGUCAUUAUCCUCAUCGUCUACUUUCGCCAACGCACCCGCAAUCCUUCAUCUCGCCAUGAUUACAAUUCGGGCUUCAUGCAGAAUAACCCUCUGUAUGGCAGUAACCUGAAAGAUGGGGCAGAACUGGAGGCCAAUGCACUCUACGGGCAGAACUUGAGUAACCAGCAGAGCACCCUUGAAGCCAAUGCGCUCUAUGGCCAAAAUUUGAAUGGUCCACAGCACAACGGUGGCCUCUAUGCUGAACCUGGGGAUGGUGGCGCAUCCACAGCGCCCAAUUAUUUCGAUCCGAAUCAGCAUGGAGCCCAUGAUCAGGCUGGUCCAGAGUAUGCUGAUCCACAGAGUAUGCGUAAUGGCGUCUUCAACCCAGGUUAUGAGGAACCCGAGCCCAUGUACACUGACAUGGACCGCAUCGAGAGCAAUCCUGCUUACGAGGAUGAUCCGGUACGUACCAUAGCCAAUGUAUUAGAGUAG